AUGGAACCCCUAUGGACAGUCGAGCUAGCCAGCUCCACCAAGGCCAAGGAAGCCACACACUUUGAUGAAGAAGAGGAAGAGGAGCCGCAAGCUCGAUCGAGUGAGCCACAAGAGGCAACCCCAGUUGCAUGGAGUGCUCCUGAUGGCCGUCUCCCAUCUCCAGACCACGACCUAGUCUCCCAGUUCUUUGGGGGCACUGAGGCUAAGUUUGGGGGUGCCAACUCGAGCUCGAUCGAGUUGGGUGUAAAAACCAGAAAAGUGGUCUUUUGGAGCAUUCUGGAGCAUAUGGGACAUAAGGAGCAUGGAGGGACUUGGCACAUGGAAGCAGCUCAACUGGAUACGCAAAGGAAGAAGGGAGAAGCCAUCUUGAAGACCAGCUCGACCGUCCACUCGACCGGCCAAGCUUCAACUCGAUCGAGCUGA